AUGAAGCGUCUCAUAGAAUCGACCAUUGCAAUUCUAUUAGUUCUCACAUCUUCCGCUCAGUUAGAGGCCUGUAAAUGUCUUCCAAUGUCUGCCAAGGAGGCCUAUUGUGCAGCAGACUGGGUGUCUCAGAUCCAUGUAGAACCUAAUGCGGUCGGUGAACCUUCUAGCGCUAGUGAAAUUGUUGAAGGAAAUUCUAAUUCUUCUGCAAGUUUGCCAGGGGAACUCUCAACAUACAAUCGCUUUGACGUAACUCACGUAGAAGUAUUUAAGGUUCUGACAGAAUUUAAUGGAACAUUACCAAAUGUCAUAUACACACCGUAUCACUCGGCUGCUUGCGGAAUCAGCCUUAGUAUUGGUAAAGAUUAUCUUUUAGCAGGUAAAACGCAAAAUGGAACUCUAUUGACACAUAUUUGUGGUCAGAUUACGGAACCAGAAUCGUCAAAAAUUUUUAUGGAAUGGUCAGAGACAAGUGAUAAUUUGAGGCAUGCUUUACGAGAAUCUGCGUUUGAACCUUGCAAAUAA